CCUAUGGCAUAUUCUUUUGGAGUAGUAAAUGUACUACUCCAGUAGAUUAUCUGUUUGGCUUUAUGCAUAAUGUGACCGCUGAAGCUUCCUACUACUACUAGUACUAUUCGGAAUUAUUGCCGAUAGGAGUAAAAGCAGAGAACAGCUAUCUACUUUACUAGCUAGCUCUCUCUAGAAAUAAGAGCUGCUAACUACUCAUAGUGCAGUCGUAGCCACCAUAGCCACUCCAGCUAGCUAGCUACAUAAUAAUGUACCACAUGUACAUGUAGGUAACUUGCAGCGCUUGCUUGGAGGUUUCAGUUGUGGCGUGACAGGUGGACAAAAAUUUUGUUUGCCCGCCCGGGACCCAAUCGGCAGAGCCGUUAUCUCACGUGUUGACCCAAACCGAUUUACUGCCAUUAUUGACAUACUUUUUGCUUGCACCGCGUCCAUUGACCUUCUAUUUAUUCUAUCAUUCCGAUUGAGCAUUCAAGAGCUACCCUUCUUAAAGCAACAUGAUGAGGGCGACUCUGAUCCUUGUUCUGGCAAUGGUAGCGUCUCGACUAGGUGGUUCCGGCGCUGGUGUUAACGCGGCUGAAUCGUCUGCUUCAGGCACAAGAGUCACAGAAAAUAAUGUAAGAGGCACCGCAAAGUACUCGAACGACAAUUAUGGGGUCAGACGGGUCCAAUCAAUCCACAAAUCUGACUCCCCUGAAGCAGCAGCAAUUCGGCAAGAGCUUCGAGCAAUAGAGGAAAAGACUCAACGAAGUCAAACUGGGUUUAAUGUGGAUCCGAACCAUUCUGUUCCGUACGACAAUCAUCCCUGGGAAGCAAGAAGGAAGAUGCAAGAAGGCAAUGGAGCCGCGCAAUCUCAAUUUGCUGGGACGUUUUUCAAGCCAAUGAGGAUUCGAUUCGAGACCAAAUCCCUGGAUGAUAUGCGAGACGCUUCGAACGCUGCUAAGAUUGACUUCAUCAAGAAUGAGAUUCUUCCCAGAACUGCGUCCUUCUGGUCUCAAGCUCUGGCCGUGGUGCCCGUUAGUGGCCCCCUACGGAUAUCCACCGGAGAACUCGACAACCGCGAAUAUUGCGGGGACUACGAGUUCACUCGAGUUCCUAGUGAACAUAUUAGUCAGGGUAUCGAAGGAGCUGACCUCGUAUUAUAUGUCAGCGGGACGCCAAGUAGCCGAUUCUGCAGCUAUCAGACUUUGGCUGUCGCUGUUGCAUGCAACUUUGACCAGUUCGACCGUCCCAUUGCCGGGGCAAUCAACGUUUGCCUCUCAACAGUGGAGCUCAACGCGGAUGGGACCGCUUCGCCAGCGGUCAUACAAGACAACGUGGACGUCGCAAUUCACGAGGUUUCGCACAUCUUGGGUCACUCUUCCAAUAGUUAUAGAUUCUUUCGUGACCCCGACACCGGAGAAGCUCUGACUCCUAGACCCUUUUCAACGCGACAAGUAACAUGUGUAGACGGGGUAUCUCGGUCGCUCAUUUUGCCUGCCGAUAAUACAAUGGCAUUCGUGGAAGCGUCAAAUGGGCAACGCUUCGCGAGCAUUGUUACCCCAAAGGUUCGAGCUAUCGCUAGGAAUCAGUUUGACUGUCAGUCUCUCGACGGAGCUCAAUUAGAGAAUCAGCCAACUGGAGCUGAUUCCUGUACAGGUGACCACUGGGACGAACGUCUCUACUACGAUAACGCUCUAUCCGGAGUGAUAUCACCCACGACAAACAUACUCACUCCAAUGACGCUGGCCCUAUUCGAAGACUCAGGAUGGUAUAAGGCCAACUAUACACAGGCAAGAAUCAGUCCAUGGGGUCUCGGCGCUGGAUGCGACUUUGCUACGGGUCCGUGUAUCGCUACGGACGCAAACGGGGCUGCUUCCGUGCCCGACUAUGGCAGAGGCUACUUUUGCAGCGACAAGGCGCAAAAAGGCUGCUCCUCUGGGCACACGCACAAAAUGGGAUGCACCAUCAACGACUACUAUCACAUUGUGCCACGGGAUCUCCCCGACAAGCACUUUCAGUAUUUUGACGGUUUGCCAACUCUGGGCGGGCCGCGGCAGGCCGAUUUCUGCCCCUUGUUUGGCAGUACAUACGAAGGCCUAGAGGCCGAACAGCUUGACUGUCGAGAAUCAACCAAUGCCAAUACCUACAACCUGUACAGUGAGAUCUGGGGGCAAGAUAGUCGCUGCAUCGAAUCCACUGCUGGUGAAGGCAGGUGCUACAGAACUGCAUGUGUGCAAGACAUCAUGGCAUUGAAAAUAAACGUUCGGGGCGAAUGGCUUACUUGCCAGUACGAUUUCCAGGAGCUUGAGACUCGUGUUGGAGCCGGUCUGCUGGCACAAACGAUUACAUGCCCCCGUCUUAGCACUGUAUGCCCCGACCUUUUUGCAUGUCCCUUCAACUGCGCUGGAAGAGGCAUUUGCAACUAUGCCAAUACAGUAAACGGCACCGUGAGACCUCAGUGCGAGUGUUUUGAUCAGAAGGACACCUCCCCUGGAUGUUCCGAUUCUCUGAUACCAGAUGGCGCCUAUUUGGAGAAUGGGAAUGGUCUUUUUAACAAUCUUGAAGAGAACUUCUUUGACCCCUUGAUCGCGGUCUUUGUGGAUCAUCCAGAUCUGUGGGCUUCAGCUAGUUGGGCAUGGGCCGCUGGUCUACUGACGGUCUUCUUCGUCUUGCUGCUUUGUAUAUGCUCAAGCUGCUUGCCUUCACCGAAAGGGAGCCAGAAGUAUUGAACUCAGCUCGGUGUGUCCAACCGACGGCGGCUAUAAACAUGCGUCGUCUCUCCGAAGCUAAGGUAGAUUUUCUUUUAAGUCCGGUCACUCUUUGCUACAAUCGGAUGAUUUGAUUUGGGGCCCUCUAAAAUGCGUCAAACAACGAAUGCGAGCCUUUCAGGUUGUUUGGCAUAGCAUGCCCAAGCCAGACCGCUACAACUGGGCUCACUGGGCUCAUUGGUGAGGACUCACCAAAAACGCCACAGACAUCUAAUAAUAAGGCUAACUUUGAUUCUUGAAUAGCACAGUCAACUACUAGACUACUACUUACUUGCUAGCUACUAGUAGAACGCUGUAAUGGUACUUCCCGUACUGUUGUGGGUGGUGCGUCCCUCUUCGCCUAUCGAUGCCGGCACUGUGCAAUAUCACAUGCUAUUCCUGUUUCAGUUUGGGAAGAGUGUAUAAUAAUCUAGAUCAACUUAUUGCAUG